CCAUCUUGGCGCCGGAGCGAUGAACGGGUCGAGCGCGAAGGCUACGACCGCGGCGUCGGCGGCUGGGUCCGGGGGUCUGGUGGCCGGCAAGGAGGACAAGAAGAAGGCGGGCGGCGGCGUCCUGAACCGGCUGAAGGCGCGGCGGCAGGCGCCGGCCCCGCAGCAGCAGCAGCAGCAGCAGCACCACCGCCCGGCGGACGACGGCCUCGGCCCCGCGGUCACGGAGCAGGAGCUGCUGACGCUCGACGCGAUCCGUCCCGAGCACGUUCUCCGCCUCUCCCGGGUCACCGAGAAUUAUUUGUGUAAACCUGAAGACAAUGUCUACAGUAUUGACUUUACCCGCUUCAAAAUUCGAGAUCUGGAGACAGGGACGGUGCUUUUUGAAAUUGCCAAACCUUGCAUUUCAGACCAGGAGGAGGACGCAGACGAGGAGAGUGUAGAUGUGGAUAUCAGCGCAGGGCGUUUUGUGCGCUAUCAGUUCACACCAGCGUUUCUCCGCCUCCGCACCGUCGGCGCCACGGUGGAGUUCACAGUGGGAGAUAAACCUGUGUCAAACUUCCGGAUGAUUGAACGGCACUAUUUCCGGGAACGAUUGCUGAAAAACUUUGACUUUGAUUUUGGCUUCUGCAUCCCCAGCAGCAGGAACACUUGUGAACAUAUCUACGAGUUUCCACAGCUCUCUGAGGAUGUCAUUCGUCUGAUGAUUGAAAACCCUUAUGAGACCCGCUCUGACAGCUUCUACUUUGUUGACAACAAGCUGAUAAUGCACAACAAGGCCGACUAUGCCUAUAAUGGAGGCCAGUAACUGCUGCCCUGAGUGGACAAGGAGGCGCUUUGCUGCCACCACAAGGCACGUGGAGGGCAUUGCAGCUGCUGAUUGUUGACACCGUGUGGGAACCUGGUCCAGAAAGCCACUGCUUGGGUGGCAGUGGUGUCUCGUGCUCCAAGGAGGUGCCAAGCAGCACUGUGUUUAUUUCCCCAGUAUUUCUUUUCUCUUUUUUCCCUGUCCCUUAGUUGUCAGAGGAUUUAUAGUGAGAUAAAAGAUUAGGAUAAGGCUCUUGGAAUACAGAUGAAAAGAAAAAAACUUCUUUCCACGUAGCUUUAGCUGUCUGCUGGUUUCCCCGGCAAGCCUUUCUCUCCAGGACAGCUCUGUCUGGGUGAGAAGGCUCAGGCUGGCUGGCUGGGCUGCAGUUGAAUGACCUCCAGGUUUCUGGGUGCUACAAGUAGCCAAAGGGCUCCUUUGCACACCACAUCCUCUCAUGUCAGCCUGCACAUAGUCCUAAAGCAACUGGAAGAAACUUGAAAAGAGGUAGAGGGAGGCGCAGUGCCAAGAGCUGAGGCACCAGGGGCCAGCGAUGAUGUCUAGGUGAGAGAGCCGUUUUGUGGAGGCUGCUUCUCUGACUCAGGAGCCCCCGCUGGCCCUGGGGACGGACCAAGGUUUUAGCCCGGCAGUGCCUUCUUCGCAUGCUGGAGCUCGGCGAGCUUGCGUCGCUUCUCCUGACUUUUACAUCUCCAGCAUACACCUAGUCUGUUUUGCUCACGGAGCUAGUGUGUCUCAAGGCCAGUGCAGGUCUAUUGUACUUUUUUUUUUAAUUUUCAUAUGUCUUUUGGGAAGUUUUCACAAAAUGCCAGUGGUAUUCCAGUGCCUGUGAGGUGUGGUUCGACCACUGGUGGUAUUGACCAACAACGGGGGCUCAUCUGGCUCAUGAUGGCUGACACAUAGUCGCAAGUCAGCAGCUACUUAAAAAAGAGAUUGUCUUGUCUACGCGGCUGAGUCCUGAAGAUGAACUUUGGAUGGAAAUUUGCCUCCAAAUCUCUGUGGAUUUCUUACUUAGAAAGGUUUUUGUAUCUACCUUUUUAGUGAAGUAGUUUUUGGAGUGAUCUAGCAGGUCAGACCUAAAUAAUACAUAUUCUGAUCCUUUGAUUGGCUGAUUGGAAUGGUUUUGGAUAUUUGGAAAGGGUGACAUAGGUUGAGGUAGCCUGUCACAGUGACAGUUUCCUGCACUUUCUGUGGGCUGCAUGUGUCCACAGACCCUUGUUGGACUGACUCUUCUCCUCUUGGCUCCCUGGAUCAUCUUGUAUAGGUAACUCCAGGCUCUCAGCCCCCAUGACCUGUGCUGGUGGGGUCCAUUUAGCAUAGUGUAGUAACUGUCCUGACACUUCAUAUUGCCAGUUACAAGGGCUGUGUUGAAGGUGUCCAUGAGAACGGCCAUGUUGGGCCAAGGAAAGAAGGGCCAGGAAUUCCCAGAAAUCCUUGGGCAUCCUCUGGCUGUCCAGCUCUCUGGAGGCUUCUAAAGCAUGAAGUGGCCAUGAACCUUAGCCCAGUGCUCUGUGUGUGGCCAAGAAAUUAAGGAUGUCACCGAGAAGGCCCUCUGUUACCCCUCACACUGACACUGGAUGUACCUACUGAGGAGAGAGGGGCUGGGUGCCCAGUAGUAUGGGUGCUUAAUUACUGGGCUGGAGAAUCAGAACUGGAGUCCUCUCCAAAUCCAGGUGCCUUAAGUGUGGCUCUGUCCCACGUGCUGCUGAGGAAGCCACCUCACUGUCAUUCCCAGCUCCCUGAGCGUAGAGGCUGCCACUCUGCAUUGCGUCUCUCCUCGUGGCUCCUCUGAUGGGAUUUGAUUUAUGUAUUCUUCUCAAGCCUCAGAAUGUUCCUUCCUCUGUUACACAGCCUGUUUAGGAUCGUUUUUGCUCUUCAGUAUUUAAAACUACCUAGGAUGAGCUUUCUGGAGCUAUGGGUGGGCUGUGUCUCACCUGCAGUGCCACCUUUUGCUUGGAAGAGCGCUCUGGAGGAUGGAGAAGGUGGGCGCUCUGCUCUCCUGUUCCGCUGCAUUCUCACUGGAGACCACUGUAAGGGAGGCCAAGUGCCCUGUCUGCAGGAUGGGAUUUGCCGUCCUCUGCUGCUGCAGGCUCAGUGUUGGGUGUCUAGCGCUCAGGAAUCUUGAGAAGCAUUGUUACUUGGCAUGCUUGCUGGGAUGAGUUUGAAAUCCAAGCAUUUGUACAUAAAUUGAAUGAAUUGGCAGUGAGCUUUCUCAGAAAGUAACUGAACCAAGCAGAAAUUGCAUCAAGUGUAAUACUAUUAAGGAAUGUCAAGUAUUGGUAGAGGUUCUCUGUGGGUGAUACAGUGGGAGGGAAAAUCCAAGCUCCCAGCAUGGGAGACCAUGCCCUCUGUCAAGAGCAGGAAUCUGAGUGAGUGCAGCUGCCAGAAUGAGCUCACUCCAGCCGCUGAACAGUUCCCCACCCCCACCCCCACCCCACCCCACAUAGUGCCCAGCCUCCCUCACCUUCCUUCCCUGCACGCCUCCCCACCCCCUGGCCUCAAAAUCUGAAGAGAACCCCUCCUUCCCUUCAGGCCUUUGGGCUAAGCUGCCUUCAAGCGUCUCCAAAGUCGGCUCUGGCUUCGUUCUGUUCUAAAGCAUAAGCGCAGGAAAGAACAACUCCCUGGACUUGUGGCUGAAGUUGGCUGCUGUUUCGCGUUAGCUCACAGCUGCCUUGCAGAAAGCAUUCAUCAGGGGUUUACACUUCCUGAAGAUUCUUCACGCUUUGGGCCUCUGAUUUCCGGGACCUGGGAAUAGUGAUUUACAGAUGUCUGACCACAGACUGCACAUUCUGAAAAUGACAGCAACCAGGCAAUCUUCAGCUUAGUAUUUUCAGUUGAAGUGGACCCAUUUCUUGACUGGGUUUAAUAAUCCAUGUCUAAUGUGCAGACUGGGCAAGUCAUGCCUUAGUGUGCCUUGUCGUACCCCAGAAUACUCUCCUUUUAAAAGUUCUUUUUCCUCUGUAAAGUCACAGUCUUCUGGUGGUCAUGUCACGUGGACAUCAUUUAUAUAUGAUGAUAUAUAUAUAUGUUUAGGAGUCACAACACAGACUGCCUGCCAGUGCCUAAGGGUCCUGCUGAGGAAGACGCUGCCACAGCUCAUCUUCAGACAUCAUGUUCCCGUUCCACAUCCGGAACAUGGUAGCCACAGAAGGACCUGGGAGUGGAUUUACCCCUUGUUAUCAAGGAUCAUGUGAAGUCAUUGAGUUUUCCCUUGUAAAUCUAUUUUUUCAUAAAAUGUAAGAAAAAUCAAUGUCUUGAUCUUCCCUUCCUCCUCCCACUUCACCCAAGAUCCUUACUCCAAGUUUGUAUUGUCUUUGUGUCCAGAGUAAACUAGGUGACUUUAUCUGGGUGAAAUGUUAUUUUGCCACAAGAGACAGUAAUAAAAAAGGUUUUUCACAAUA